AAAUAAUGAACAAGGAAAAUAAACUACAACGAAAGCAAUACUGAAUACUGGAAUUCAGGAGCUCAACUUUUUCUUAAAAAAAACACGGGAAUGUAAAGCAGAAGUAAGUGAUUAAGAUUGAGUUGAAGACCAAAAUGUAAUGCUGUGAAAUUAAUAAAAAUAACUCUUGGUACACACCUUCAUUUUUCAAGUAUUUUUAGCUUAUACCUGCAUUUACCAUGAGCUUUGAAAGCCAAGAUGCUGACACCUUUGCUGGUGAAGAUGAGAGGAAAAGAGACUCCAGUAAAAAGAGAGAUGGCAAAAAGGAAAAGAAAGAAAAAGGCUAUCAGAUGUUUGAGGAAGAAGAUUCUGAGGAAGAAAGGCUAGUUUUAGCUGAAGAAAUCAGAAGUCCAAGCAAGAAGAAGGACAAAAUUAUUCCAAGUUUUAAAUUUCAAGUCAGGAAAGAGAAAACCAAAGAGAAGGAAGAAAAGAAAGAAAAGGAAUCCAAGGAAGAAAAGGAAAAGAAAAAAGAAGAAAAGAAAAAGAAUAAAGUAAAAGACAAGAAGAAACUAAAAGCUGGACACCAUGACACUGGAACAGUCAUAGUAGAACCUGCUCUGAAUGAGAAUCCAAUUUUUGGAGUGCCCCUGGCUACAGCAGUGGAGCGGAACAAGUCCCAUGAUGGCAUUGAGCUGCCAGCCAUUGUGAGAGAGUGUAUAGACUAUAUUGAGGAGUGUGGUCUAGCUUGUGAAGGAAUCUACAGAAUCUCUGGCGUCAAGUCUAAAGUUCAGCACCUGAAAGACUGCUACAACCGGCAGCAACCGGUUCACCUGUUUGAGCAUGAGCCCAACAUUGUUGCCAGCCUGUUGAAGCAGUUCUUACGAGACCUACCAGAACCAGUACUAACCACAGCCCUUAUGCCAAAGUUUGAAGAGGCUUCCACCUACAAAAGUAACAAGAAGAAAGUUGAAGGUUUCAGUAAGUUGAUCAAUGACUUACCAACAUGCAACAGACUUUUGCUUAGCUGGAUGAUAGUCCAUAUGACACAUGUUAUUGAGCUGCACAAGGAAAAUAAAAUGACGUUACAGAAUGUGAGCAUCGUACUGAGCCCAACCAUGCAGAUCAGCCACAGAGUCUUGAACGUCCUGUUCUCUAAUGUCAACGAGCUCUUUGGAGAUGUACUCUUGCGCAAAUAUAUUCCACCUUUAAAACCUGCCCAUUCUAAAUGGUCACUAGAGCUACCUGAUAAUCCAUCGGCUUUAGAGGAAGAAUUAGCCAAACAGGAAUCUUUGUUGAACCAACUUCACGCUGAAGUUAAUUCUGGCAGAGAUGACCCAGACACUGUGGACCAGCUGUGGGAAGUUCAAAGGGUCGUCACCCAGUUGAAAAGAAAGAUCAAGACAGCUAAAAAAAAUGUUGAGAUGGGAGAGAGGAGACGAGCUAACCCUGAUGCUAAAAGGUCAUCCACUGCUUCCAUCCCCUCCCUCAGUGCCCCAGAGGACCUUCAGCUUAGCCUGAGGCCAGCACCUGACCCAAAGGUUGCCAGCACAACAACGGUUGCUGCGGUUGUCGAGAAACAACCUGAUGAUGAACAUCAAGUCCAAGUAGAGGCUGCACUAGAACCUAAAAAAGGUGUUACAUUCGCUGAGAGUAGCAAAAAAACUAAAGCCCCUCAAAUUGGGGAAAUUAAAAAGAUGGAAGAAGAAAAGAAAGUGAAAGAAGAGGUAAAGACUGAAGUUGAGAAAGUGCAGGAGGGCAAGGAGCCACAGGAACAGAAAGCCAGUGAACAAGGGGCAGGGGAAACUGCAGAAAAACUUGAAAAUGACAAAGAAAAACACAUUAAAAAAGAGGAACUAGCAUCAGCCCAGACCAGCCCAAAUAAAAUCACGGAAUCAGAAAAGCAAGUUCCCUCUUCAGAUGUUAAACAAGAAAUUAAGGAACCUGCAAAGGAGAAAGAUCUGAAAGAAAAUGUAUUGCCCCAAGAGAACAAAACUCAAGCAGUAGAAGAGCAAAAAGCAAUUGAUAAAGCAGAAGUAACUGAAAAGAAAAUUGAGCCAAUAGAAAAGCAGGCUGCUGUAGUUGAGAACAAAGAACAGGAAGUUGUCAAAAAAGCAGAAAAGAAAGAUGUACCUAUCUCAACAACACCCCAUGAAGUUAUCAGUCAAGUAAAAGGUCGUUUUGAAGUGACAACCAAAACUGAGGAUGUUCCUGAAAAGGUUGCAGAGCCAGCUAAACCCUCUGAGCCAGAUAAAUCUGCAGAGCCAGCUAAACCUGCUGAGCCAUCUAAACCUGCGGAGCCAGCUAAACUUGCUGAACCAGCUAAACCUGCUGAGCCUAAAGCUCCUGCUGCCACUGCACAGAUUCAUGCAGCAGAACCCAAACCCCAGAGGGAAGAAAACAAACCCAAACCAGCAGCUAAAGUUGAAUAUGUCUACAGGAAGCCACCCAAUCCACCUUUCAUGUCUACAGAUUUGUUGAAGCCAAUGAAAGCUGAGAUACCCAAGCCAAAGCCCCCAGUAGAGGAUACUGAAGCAAAGAAGGAGCACAUGCGGAAGUCAGAAGAAUUGAGAGAGCUAGAAGAGGAACUGCUUGGGGAAAAGAAAAAGAAGAAAGAGGAUUUUGACUUGCCAGAAAAUGUUGACAUUGAACAGCUUUUAGAAGAGGAGUAUGCCCUAGAACUGGAGAAAGAGGAAUUGCUUGCCAUUGCUGAUGAACUGAAACAAAAGAUUGCCACUGAGCGCAGUGAGAUGGAAAGACUGACCCAAGAAAUCCAAGAGCUCCAGUAUUUGAGGCAGGACUCAGACCUUGAAGACUUGAGCACCAGCUCAUCCUCCAGUGAUGAGAGUGAAGAUGAAGACGACCUGCAGGAUUUGCUGAGUCAGCUUCUCAAUGACAACGAGAACUUGGAGAUGAAGAAUGCUGAUCUUUGUCAAAAAAUUCAUGAAGAAAGGAUGAUUUGCCUGAGUGUCAAACUUCAGAUCAGAUUGCUUCAGCAGAAACAUUUAGAAACCUCAUAUGGCUAAUUUACUAAAGCAUUGGUUUUAACUAUUUCAAUGAAAUGCUUAACUCAUUGUAUUAUCAUCAAAUAAUGCAUUUAAUGUUGCUUUUUUUUGCUGUGGGUUUCAUUGCUAAUUAAAUCAUAACAGUUAUUUUGUACAUUAAUGUCUAAAUACAGAUUAUUUAAUUAACGUUUUGUUUGUUUUGUGGGGUGGGAAACAUGUUUUGUUGUAGACCUAGUAUUUUAUAUCGCUAAUGUUUUCAAGGAAUUUCUUUCGUUUGAGGAAAAUAUCUACAUUCCAAACUUGCUGUAAAAAAUGUUAAUUUUAAAUUUGACCCCUAGUAUUAACCCCUAAGAGCAAAAUAUCUUUCCUAACAUAAGAUCAUUCAGAACCCUAAUCCUAUAGGAUAGAAGCUGUGUUCAUUAUUGCCUAACAAAGCUUGCCCAGUAAAUACUUUAUGUUGUCAAAUUUUAAGUAAAAAUAGAAUCUAACACUUGUUACUGCAGUGUUCAGAGAAAUGUUUUAAUUAUUCUAGUCAACUAUGGAUGCAAUUUAUUUUAAUCCUAUAGCAUACCCCUAUUGUUUGCCUUAUAUAGUUUAUCAUCCUUUUUACAAUAAAGUUAAAAACCUAUCAACAAAAUUACUAUACUAAUUUAUUAUCAAAUGCUGAGUUGUUAUAAUUCAGGUUCCACAAUUUAGGCUGGUUAUUUGUUUUGUACCAUCUAAAAACUUUUUUUUAAACAUUUAGGAGCUUGAGGUGUAAAUCAAGAUAUUCUAAAAAGCUAGUGGUUUAAUUAGAAAGGCUUACACCAUACAUACAAACCUGCCAUUACUAAAUUGUGUGAAUGUGAUUUGUAACUAUAUUAUUGAAUGGUAAAGAGUGGAUGAAAAAAAGGUAAUAGAGCAUGCUACUGCUAAUACAUCUGUAUUUUGUUGUUCAUGUUGUAAAUUGUUGCCAAAAAACUUAUAGAAAAUGUACUCAAACCAUGUAAUGUGUGAGUGAAUAGUGGUAGGUAACCAGCAGAUUUUAUUUGCUGCUGUUGAUUCCAGUAGUAUAGGCAUAUGCUUAGUUAUCAUUUACUAAACUUUGCUUAGGUUUACAUUUAGAUGUAAGUUUAGGGACUCAAUGUAUAUGGAUUUGCUAUAAACUUUAAAUUAAAAUGUUUUUUAAUUAGGGUUACUUGUAAAUAUAAUAGUUUUUUAAAUUUUGUUUGUAUUUUUGCCUGCCUUUCCCCUUACAAAAAUUCUGGUAUGUAUAUUGUUUCUAAUUACUGCCAGAUAUUUUGAGUAUUAAUUUGAUGAGGUGUGAUGAAAGGUUUUCUAAAAACAUUUGUUUUUCUUUUAUGAAGAAUAAAAUUUUAUGAUGUGUUGUUGUGGUGAUUUUCAUUGUAUAAAUGCUUUUAUGAGAAAAGUGAUAGUUUCCUUGCAUGAUAAAAUUUAAAACUUUUAUGCACAAACCCAUAAAAUAGUACACUAUCCAUAUUAUAGUACAUUUGUGUGUUUUAAUAUACAUAAAUUAACUUGAUCACAAUGUGCAAUUUUUCAUUAAAGGAAUUUGACUUGGA